UGUGCCAAAAUCUCAAUCAAAAUCAAGCUUCGAAUGUAACAUUUGGCGAGUAUAUAAAGUUGGCUCGAAGGCUAAAUGGCAACAAACAGAAAUUGACUUACCUUGAAAGUAGAACUCUUACGGUGUAUACAAAUUACAAAAAUACUGUUUUCAGAAGUUUCGGGAGUUGAAUUUAUUUAAGUGAAAAAUGAAUUAUUCGCGCCACACUACAGCCAUCUGGUUUACACUCAUCUUAAUAUUGUGGAGAAUCCUUAACGGCUCAGCACAAUCGUUUUAUGAUCUAGACAGUCUCGAUAAUUAUAAUAACAUUUUGGACAGACAAUUACCAUCUGGCUAUUAUUACAUAAGUGAUGGCCGAAUUACACCCGUUAGCAAUGGCAAUCGGCGCAAAGAUUAUGCUGCCGAUGCGGAAAGUUACGUGUAUUUCACACCCAUUGUGCGCGUCAAGCAUCAUCAUGCGCAAAAGAAGAAAUUAUUUGUACCAAACUUAUUCGGUUAGGUGAGCGAGGUAAAAGCGCGAUCAGCCUGGGUAACGUUGAGAAGAGAGACUGAUUUCCAAUUACUGACUGGAUGUGUGUCUGCCAUUUAAGCUGUAAAUUAUAUAUUUUUUAGU